AUAUGCGCUGAACUGAAUAAUGCAUAAGCCGUGAAGUUCUUUCUACUCUAUUUUCAAGUUCAUUAUUUCUAGAAGGGAAAUGAAAAAUAUCACUUUCACUUUUGACGGAGGUUCAUAAGAAGAGCUCUUAUUCUGUUGAAUUUUUGCAAUUAUUAGCAACAAGGAAUAUGAGCACCGAUCGAUCUGAUGGCAGUUCAGGUCGAAGGUUAAGUGCCAUUUUCUCUGAUCAACAUUUGAAAACACUAUUAAAAACAGAAGAUCAACUAAGCAAUGAACCAAAAUUUGGAGACUCCUAUAUUUUUGAUUAUCAGGACUUUAAAGAUCCUCGCUAUGGAUCUGAAAAAGAUGUUGCAAGAUUAGAUCAUGAUUUCCGUGAAUUGAAUUUCAAUGUUUAUAGUAAAUACAGAGAUUUAACUAGACAGCAGACAUUAGAUGUCUUGAAACAGGCCGCCAGAAGAGCCAAUAAAGACCACAAAUGUUUUGUCUGCUGUUUUUUGACGCAUGGAAAUCUGGGAAGACUACAAAUGAAGGACGGCAGCAUAGAAAUAAAUGAAAUUUUAAAAUGCUUUUCACGUUCAGCCUGUCAAAAUCUUGCAGGGAUACCAAAAAUUUUUAUUUUUCAAGCUUGUCGUGGCAGCUGUCGGGAAGAUGGUGUUUCCUGUAGCGUAAACGGAGCAUUUUAUGACCCAACCGAUUCUGGUCCUGUUAUAGAUGUUCCAGAUUCCCUGGAUUUCCUUCUUGUAUAUUCUACCUACGAUGGCACAGUUGCAUAUAGAACUAAUGAAGAGAAAAAACACGGAUCCUUCUUUAUAGACGAAUUAUGUCGUAGUAUUGAACAGUUUAGUGGCGAUUUAGAUUUGCUACAGAUUCUGACAAUAGCACAUUUUCGUGUAGCUCGCCUUUUUGUCACCAAAAUUGACAAGAAAAAGCAGAUGCCAUGUUUUACUUCAAGCCUAACAACUAAAGUGAAAUUUAAUAAAAACAUUCCAAUGUUUGAAUCGCCUGACACAAAAUACUUUGAUAUCAGAAGAAUGGGAACUGGAUUGGGUUUGAAGAGCACAGAAAAGCCAAUUGCGGACAUGAAAACAUAUAAAAUUGGAGGAGGUUGGAAUAUCAAAUUCCUUCUUUUGUUCAACACGGAAAACAACUUUCCAAAUUGCUUGGUUGAUAAACUGUGUACUGUAUACGGAAGUGCAAGAGGCUACGAAAGAGAACAAUUCCCAAAUUGGACGGAAGGAGAAUUAAUGAAUCUCUUGGAGCAAGUUGCUGCUCAAAGAUGUUCAGAUAUAGAUUGCUUGAUUUGCUUCAUCACUUGUCAAUCAAAAGACGAUCGUUUGUACGAUACCAGGGGAAGGCCCUUCCACAUGCGGAAGAUAGUUGAAAAGUUUACAGGAAAUGUGUGCAGUAGCCUUAGAGGAAAACCUAAAAUAUUUAUCUUUCUGAUGUUCUCACCAACCCAGCAAUCUUCUGUUUCUGCUGAUAGUACAGACUGCAUGUAUGAAAACCUCAUUCCAGUACAUUCCGAUAUUCUUGAAGUGAUUAUUACUGUUCAAGAUGCAAGGCAAUUAAAUGCUGUGAUAGAAAAAUUUUCCGAAAUUUUUGGAAAUGAAAGUUCUGAAGAUUUUCUGACUCAGUUGACCAGGAUGAAUGAAGAACUUGUCAAGGAUUACGGAUUUUAUUCUUCUUCAAGCAAAAAUCAGGCUAAAUUUUAUAUAAAUUCUACAUUAACUGAAGCCCUAAUAUUAAACAAAGCAGUAUCUGAAAGCUAAUGAUUUCCCAUUCUUUUAGUGUUGAUGCAAUUAACAGAAUUCCUAUGAGCUUAAAACAUUGCACAUGCAAAUACAUUGCACAUGUAUAGUAGGUACAUGCGAAAUGCAGUUUUUAGAAGUAAUAUCUCUGUAUCAAUUUACAUGGAAUAUGUAUUGCAUUUUUUAAAUUAUGUUGUUCAUACUUUAAUCUCACUAUAUUAGUUUUGUUUUAUGAAUUUAAUUAAAAUAAAUGACUUUAAAUUAUGUUGUUCAUACUUUAAUCUCACCAUAUUAGUUUUGUUUUAUGAAUUUAAUUAGAGAAUGAUGACUUUAAAUUAUGUUGUUCAUACUUUAAUCUGACCAUAUUAGUUUUGUUUUAUGAAUUCAAUUUAAAAAUGAUGACUUUAAAUUAUGUUGUUUAUACUUUAAUCUCACCAUAUUAGUUUUGUUUUAUGAAUUAAAUUAAAGAAUGAUGACUUUAAAUUAUGUUGUUCAUACUUUAAUCUCACCAUAUUAGUUUUGUUUUACGAAUUUAAUGAAAAAAUGACGAUUUAAUGAGGAAAAAUAAAAUCGUCUUGUUUUGUUUCUAUAUGAUAUUUAAUAUGUAAUAUGUGUGAUAUUUAAAUGUAAUUUUUAAAUAAAGUUUUAUGUUUAUUAUUGAGAAUGUAAAUAUACCAAUUUUUUAAAAAUGUUUUCCACAAGUGUUUUAAUUUAUUUGACAUGUAACUGUGAUAAAUUUCUGGUUUAAAAAUUGACCAUUUUUGGUUUUAAUGUGAAGUAGAAUUUUUUUUAAAUAUGUUAGAUAUUGAUGAUUAUUUUAUUUUAAUUACUUGGAAUUUGGGUAUUGUACAAUUUUUAUGAAAUGUAUGCUCUAUAAAUCACUGUGAGUGUUAGUUAUUAGCAUAAUUCCAUAUAUGUAUAAUAUUUAUACAAUCGUUGUACAUAAAAUUAAAACUUUUAAGCAAAUGUUUGCUUGAGAAUAAGAUGUUUUUUCAUGAAUAUUUAUUUAUAUUUCACACAAAUCUACUUAUAAUCUUCUGAUUUCUGUCAAAACCUGUAAAUCUAAUAUAUAAAAAUGAAUUUUUGUUUGUUCGCAUACUAUGCACUGCCGUACCAUUCAUCUAAUGGCGAUAAAACUUUGCCAACUUAUUGCUUUGAACUUAGAGAAUCCAUGUUUUUCACAUGGGUGGUUGGAUGCUCACGAGUCGGACAGCUAAGAUUUUUUUUGAAGAUGGAAAAACAAAAAAUAUUGUCUACCCUUAAGUAUACUUGAAUAAUAAAGUCAAAAUGUAGAAUAAAUAUUAUUUUUACUUGUUC